AUCGCGGCAAAGCAGAGGGGGGAGCAUAGCAAAAAAGUUGGUAGAUUAGUUGGCUCAUUUCCGUAUAUAUUCCCCACCACACUCAAAUUCUUCCACACAUUGUAGAUCUGAUCGAAUUCUCAGUAAUUUGUGAGAUUUGUUGGCAGCCUGAGCCUACCCAGAUCAUAUUACUGAGCAAUUACUUGAAAUUUUGAUUGAAUUUGUAAUAGUAAUCGUAGAAAAUGAAGGUUAUAGAGAAGAUCCGGGAUGCGGCAGCUAAUGAUGCGAACAGGGUUGUGUUUUCCUUCGAGUUUUUCCCGCCCAAGACGGAGGAUGGCGUCGACAAUCUCUUCGAGAGAAUGGAGCGGAUGGUGGUGCACAACCCGUCGUUCUGCGAUAUAACAUGGGGAGCUGGUGGUUCCACGGCGGACCUGACGCUGGAGAUUUCUAACAGGAUGCAGAACAUGGUGUGUGUGGAGACUAUGAUGCAUCUUACCUGCACAAACAUGCCUGUUGAGAAGAUUGACAACGCGCUAUCUACUAUCAAGUCGAAAGGGAUACAGAAUGUCCUUGCUUUACGCGGUGACCCCCCUCACGGCCAGGACAAGUUCGUCAAGGUUGAGGGUGGGUUCGCCUGCGCUCUCGACCUUGUGAAGCAUAUCCGUGCCCAAUAUGGUGAUUACUUUGGGAUCACUGUUGCUGGUUAUCCAGAGGGACAUCCUGAUGUGAUUCAAAAUGGAGUGGUUACGGAAGAGGCGUAUGAGAAUGAACUUGCUUAUCUUAAGAAAAAGGUUGAUGCUGGUGGCGAAGUUAUUAUAACCCAACUCUUCUAUGAUACCGAUAUUUUUCUUAAAUUUGUCAAUGACUGUCGUCAAAUUGGAAUUACCUGUCCCAUUGUUCCAGGGAUUAUGCCCAUCAACAAUUACAAGGGCUUCAUCCGGAUGACUGGUUUUUGUAAAACUAAGAUACCCGAUGAGAUUACAGCUGCUUUGGAUCCCAUCAAGGACAAUGAAGAAGCUGUUAAGGCAUAUGGAAUUCACCUUGGAACAGAAAUGUGCAAGAAGAUUUUGGCUAGUGGGAUCAAAACAUUGCAUCUUUACACGUUAAACAUGGAAAAAUCUGCACUGGCAAUAUUGAUGAAUCUUGGGCUGAUCGAGGAAUCGAAAAUUUCAAGGUCCUUGCCUUGGAGACGUCCCACAAAUAUUUUCCGUGUCAAGGAAGAUGUUCGUCCUAUAUUCUGGGCUAAUCGUCCAAAAAGCUACAUCUCACGGACUAUAGGUUGGGAGCAAUACCCAAAUGGACGAUGGGGAGAUUCUCGAAAUGCAUCAUAUGGAGCCCUCACUGAUUAUCAGUUCAUGCGACCACGAUCACGCGAUAAGAAACUUCAUGAAGAAUGGGUUGUUCCUUUGAAAAAUGUCACAGAUAUUUACGAGAAAUUUAUGAAGUUCUGUCUUGGGAAACUGAGAAGUAGUCCUUGGUCCGAACUAGACGGGCUUCAGCCAGAGACAAAGAUCAUUAACGAACAACUUGGUAACAUAAACUUGAAAGGUUUUCUCACCAUCAACAGCCAACCAGCAGUUAAUGGUGCAAAGUCUGAUUCUCCAACUGUUGGAUGGGGUGGACCUGGUGGAUACGUUUAUCAAAAGGCAUACUUGGAAUUUUUCUGUUCUCCACAGAAGUUGAACGCUUUGGUUGAGAAAUGCAAAUCUUUCCCGCUCCUCACCUACAUGGCCGUCAAUAAAGACGGAACCUGGUUUUCCAAUGUCAACCAAACUGAUGUGAAUGCGGUGACAUGGGGAGUCUUUCCAGCAAAGGAGAUUAUACAACCAACCAUUGUGGAUCCUGCCAGCUUCAUUGUAUGGAAAGAUGAAGCAUUUGAAACGUGGUCAAAAGGAUGGGCGAAGCUCUAUCCAGAAGGCGAUCCAUCCGCAAAAUUACUUGAAGAGGUGCAAAGAAAUUAUUUUUUGGUCAGCUUGGUUGAUAACGAUUACAUCAAUGGUGACAUGUUCGUGGCGUUUAAAGAUAUUUGAAAUAAUUGAAGUUUCUCUUGAAAGCCCUGCUUCAUCCAUUAAUGCUUCCUCUUUACUUUGUCUGGUUAUCAUUCGUAUGAUUUACUCAAAAAGAGUAAUUGGUUGUCGUACCUUGUGUUCAGACUGAUUUUAUUGUAAUGUAAUAACUUAAUCCAUUGGAUUUUGAUAUCUCUAUCUUAGGAUGUAGAACUGCACACAUUUAUCGAGUUCUGGCAAUUGGUUUUUAAAUAAUCAUAUACAUGCAAAUUCUCGUUCU